UAGCUGUAGCGCUGAGGGACAACUGAAGGCCGGAUUCUAGCACCAUAACCAUCAGAAGAAAAUUAGGAAUAGGAUCGCAUUGUGUCAUCGUUGUUUAAAGAAGUAGAUCUAGGGCUAGAUUCAGAGUACAGAAAGGAACCAUGAACGAUGCACAAAGGAACGAUGUUGUCAGUCCACCAGCAAAGCGAAUGAAGCAAGCACGGCUUCCAUUCUUUACUCUUACAAACAAGCCAAACAUUUCUUCAACUCCAUCCCCUCAAAUUACCAAGAAGCCUAAGUUGGUCGAUAGGGCCAGCCCUUUCCUCUCUGGAACAGGGAAAGUGAAGCAUGGCGAUAAACAUACAACUCCCCUCAAGAAAGCUGAGACACCCCAAGGAAAGAAGCCUUCAGUCAUGAAGGCACGGAAAAUAGGCUUCAGCAGCGAGGUGGCAGGUAAGCCCUGCGCCCCUCCGGAACAAGAGGUCAGCUCAAGCUCAGAGGAUACCAAGCCUUCGGAGAAGGAAUGUGAUUCAACAGUGGAAACCAGGGAUUGCACCUCGACCGGACUUCCCAAAAAGGUCUCCAAGACAGCUUCCCUUGAUCGGUUUGUGCAGAGUACCCAACAGCCUCAUGUCUCAACCUCUGCUAUCAUCGACAUCACUGAUGCGGAUGAUGAAAUGGAGGACGAUGACGACUUUGAACCUCCAAGGAAGAGCAAGGCUGAAAAGAGGAAACGAGAGAGCCCCACUGAAAGUCCUACGGGUACCAGCACUGACACUGGUGAAUCACCACAAGACAACGAUUCAGCCGUCAACACCAGCAUAUCUUCAGUAUCGUCAUUAGAGCAUGCAUCUUCAGAUGAAGAGGGCUGUGAGGCAAGUAAUCAUAGCAACAGUGUUGAGAAUGACAAACAAGACACACUGAUGGAAACUGCUACAAGUUGCUUGAAGGAGGAGAAAGGUGCUUUAAACAAUAACGUCAAGAAUGAGUCUAUACAAAUGCCCCCACAGCCAGUUACACCAUCAAAUCAGAUGAAACCCAUAAAGAAGACUCCUAUGUCAGCAAAGGCUUUGCAGAGGCUCAAGGAGCAAGAUCAGAAGAAAGAGGAAAAGCAGAGGCUCCGGGAGGAGAAGAAACGCAAGCUGGAGGAGGAGAACGAGAUGAAGAAACGGCUGAAGCUGGAGCAGAAGAAAUCCAAGGAAGAGGAGAAAGAGGCCCAGAGGAAGCAGAAAGCCGAGGAGAAGAAGAAAAAGGAGAUGGAAAAGCAGUUGAAGAAGGAGAAAGAGGAACAGGAGAGGAUAGAGAAGAAGAAAGCCAAGGAGGAGGAACGGAUGAAGAAACAAGAAGAGAUAGAAGCUAAGCAGGAGGAGAAAAAGAAGAAGCAAGAGGAGCGUAUUAAGCAAGAAGAAGAGAAAAAACAAAAAGAAGCCGCAGAGCUUUUGAAGAAAGAGAAGCAGUCUCAAGCCUUCAAAAGUUUCUUUAGCGUACAAGCUCAAGCCCCGGUGAAGAAACCAGAGGUCAAGGGUUGGUUUGCGCCCUUCGAGGUCAAGUCUGAUAUGGUCCUAGCACCAUGCCGGCGAGUACAGGCCAAGGACCUGGACUUGGAGCAGGUUGAUAAGCAUCUGGAGACACCAUCAACUGGCAGUCUGUACCUGGAUAUUUUGAAAUCAGGGAAGUACAAACCAAGGAAAGGUGUCCGUACACCGGGACCUUCAAGGGCUGCUCAAGGAAAAGACAGCAUGGAUGUUGAUGUGCCUUCCACCUCGUCCGAUGACCCUGCAUCUUCCAAGAAGAAGUCAAAGGAGAAGAAACCAGAUGGACUCAAAAUGAAGCUGCUGCAGUUCCAUGAGAAUUACCGGCCAGCUUACUACGGGACUUGGAAGAAGAAGGAAUCUAGUGUGGUCACUGGACGUAACCCAUUCAAGAAGGAUGAGGAUAUUUUUGACUAUGAGAUUGACAGUGAUGACGAGUGGGAAGAGCCUGGUGAAAGCUUGUCACAUUCAGAGGGUGAAGAUGAAGAUGGUGAUGGUGAUGACGAUGAUGAGGAAGAGGAUGGUUUCUUUGUUCCUCAUGGUUACCUCUCAGCGGGCGAAGGUGGAGAAGAUGAGGAGGAUACAGAUAACCUAAAGGCACGUCAGGCAGCCAAAGCCAAGGCCUGGGAGAAUGAGCUGAAGCGACGCUGCGAGGCUCUCAAACCCAUGAUCACCACGUUCAUCCAGGUGGAAUCGACCAAGAAGACCCAACAAGAUGAGAGGAAGAAACUAGAGGCCUACCAGGCCAUGCCUCUUACCAACCUUCCUAUCGCCACCAGCUUCACCAAGCGAGAGAAAGCCAAAGGAGCGGAGGAGGGCACUAACUCGAUGGAGGGAGAUGCUACUGCAGCCCAGAGGCUAGCUGGUGGCAUGGGCAACAAACUCAAGCCAGUCCCAGAAGAAGCUAUGCCAGAGCUAUUGAAGCUGGUACAUGGUAACACGGCAGGUAUCAAGUCUCUUAUCCGGGAAUUCAGGGACUACUGGCGCCGCAAGCAGCAUCGCCUAGAGACCUCCAGCCCCGGAGCCCCUGCUGCUUCUCCAGAUGGCUCCCCAUCUCAACCUGAAGGGGGCCAGAGUAUAUCCUCCAGAGAGUCUCCACUAGGAUCUGCCUUGGCUGCAGGACAGGAAGCUAGUCCAAGUCCUGUUCCUGGAUCAACCACUACUCAAUCCCCGCAGUUCUUAGAUCAUAUAGAUCAUGUCAUCUCCAAACGUCAGCUGGACCUCAAGAUCAUUUCUAUUGCAGUGAGGGAAAGACGUCCACAGCAUUUCAAGCGGAUCUGCUGGUACGUGCAUGACCACAUUCUGGAAAAGUAUAAUCUGACUGAUCUACCUGUUCCCACUGCUUGGGUGAAUGGUGUGGGGGUAAGAGAUGGACAGUCAUCACCGCUACCACCCACCAACAUAGCAGCUAGGCCUGUUGCAGCUGUUCCCAAGCCUGCAGUGAGUAAACCUGUAGUGGUGAAGGCACCUAAUCUCCAUGAAGCUUCUCUGGCCAAACAGCAUAUCUACAUCCCAUCAAGCACCAUGCCGUCCGCCUUCAAUAAGGUAGUAGGUGUGUCAAAUGCAUCUGGUGCCAUGCAUCUUCCUGGGACAGCUUUUCAGAGCACUGCUCCUAUUGGCUAUAUCCAUCAGGGUGGGGCCCUCCUGCAGCCAGGACUUGCACCCAUCCAGGUAGUGCCUUUCCCAAUGCAACAGGCUAUCAACCCAGCAGCGUUCAACAUGAGCAACCUCCUGCAACAGGCUGCAGCAUCCAGUCUUCUGGCCAACAUGCAGCAUGCAACCGCACUUGGCAACACCCUUGUCCAGCGAUCCAACACCAAAGUCCAAACACCUAAUCCUUCUCUUAAAGUACCCAAUAGCAAUACCCUACCUGGUGCUCAACAGAACAUGCCAGGUACUGUCUCUGUACAACCACCCAAAGUUAAAGUCCAAACACCCGGUGCUGCUAUAACAAAACUUGAUACCAAUUCUCUGACUAAGACUUCUGGCAGUCAACAGAACAUGGCCAGCAGCAACCCUGUUCAGCCAUCCAACACCACUGUUCAAACACCUCCCACUGGUGUUAAGUCACCUAACAGCAAUCCGCUACCCAUCUCUAAUGGUGUUCAACAACGUAUGCCAGGAGUGGCACAGAACAGUAUAGGACAAGUCUUUGAUAGUGUGAAGCAGAAGCAAACUUCCCCUGUCUUUAAACCUGGCAUCCGAUCUCCCCCAGGUAGUAUUACACCAAGCAGCUCUGCAGGAAAGUUUCCUGGAAGUGGUCCCUCACUGCCCUCUAUAAUGAAGACUUCCCCACAGCGCCUGGAUGCAGCUAUCGCCAAGAUAUACGAGUCCAAUGCUUUGUUACAGAGCAAGGAGGAAACAAGUCCAGUGUCAGUCAAGAAAACAAAAACCCUUACUAGCUUCUUCAAGGUCCAGAAUCCUAAGAAAUCAGACAACAAACCUCAAGAAAAUUCACUGGAAGCUCCUAAAGAGUGAAGUAAUACUUACCCUCUCCCCCCCCCCUCCCCCUUCCGUCCUAUUUCAUACUAUAACAUGUACCAAGAUUGUUCAUGAAUAUUGUUCAUUUUAUUGUUAUUGUAAUCCUUUAUGUUUGGAUUCGAUAUCAAAAAUGAAAUUCAAGCUUGAAUAUAGUACAUGUACAUGAGAGAGGCUGUAAAUGCAUAGAAUAUCCCUUUUACAUGGCAGUUGCAUCGACUUCAAAUGGGUUUAAGCUUGAUGCAUCAUAACAUUAGCUCUGAUCAUGGCAUGAUGGAUUAGUCUCUGAUUGUUGUUUGCAUCUUAGGCGGCUAUGGGCUGCAAGUUUUGUAUUUUAACUUAUUUACAGUCAUUGUCUGAUUUCUUGUGUUGGUAUCCUAGAAGGCUGAAGACAAAGGCAUACAGAUUUAAUCGUCAUAACCGUAACCCUUGGAGCAGUGCGCUGAUCAUAUGAUAGCCAUACAUAAUACCAUGCCCUCGCGCUGAUCGAUGCUGUAUGUUUUACGAAUGCACUGCACUGAUUGUGCGAUGCCCCUAAAGGCAUAGUGCUAAAAAUUUGUGUAACCUACACUAUGUGGUAGACCGUACAAUAAUCAUGAACCCUUAAAAAAGUUUAUGGUCAUUUGCCUACCUGAAGGUCAUAUGGCUAGCAGGAUAUAAUCAUCUACGAGCAUUCUGCAAUUAUCAUCGUAGACCAAAUGUAAGCAGAGCAUAAGAGCUUGCUUUUCUUUUCUUCUGUUAAGUUUUGUUUAUUUUGUUUUGUGGUAGGCAUAGUCCAUUAUGUUUUAUUAUCUCAGUACCAUAUCUGUUCAUGUAGAAUAAGAAUUGUGUAGAGUUUCAUGUUAUUUACCAGUGUUUCAUUUCAGUUUAUCUUCAUCAUUAGAUUUUAAACUAGUUGAACCUAUUACAUGUAUGACUUAUAUAUGUAGUUAAUAUAUGAUUCCUUUCAUUUCAUCCCCCAUAUUUACUUCCUUGUUUUUGUUUCAUCUUCCUUAUUAUUGUUUCAUCUCUCUGUUUUUUUCUUUCUUUCUUCUUACUUUCUAGUUUCUUCUUUCCAUUCUGUUUCCUCUUUCCAUUCUAUGUUUCCUCUUUUUUGUAUCUUUCUAUAUUGUCCCUUUCCCGUUUUCUUUCUUCCUCCUCUUUUCCUUUUCUUUACUUUUCACAUCAUCCUCUCUUACAUACUGUAUUCCUUCUCCUUUCUCCAUGUCAAUAUGUUUCUUUAGUAUUUUAUAUUUUAAUCUUUGUUUUGAAAACUGCAUGUUACACACAAGUUCUUUUGUCAUUACAUAAAGUACACAGUAUACAGAUUCAAUACCAAUCUUCACAAAUCAGUUUAUUUUUUUGUCUUCUACAAAUAUUUAUUGCCUACACAUUCAAACAAAAUAUUCAUUUGAAUACAAAGUACUUUUUCAUUUGUCAAGGUAUGCCUACAAGAAAUGUAUGUAAUCAAUCUCAAAUGUACAUGUAUGUGGGAUUGUAUGCAAUUAAGCUUUGAUGAGGGGGGGGGGGGACAAAAGCAAAGCUGGCAGCAAUGCCUAUGUUUAAUAAAUUGUAUGCAUCAAAGGGCACUUAACAGAGUUUGUUCUGUACCAAACUUGCAUGAAAACGAAGCAAGUAUUAUGUGAAUAGCAUUAAAAUUGCUGUUGAAAUUCACCUAAAACUCUAAUCCUCUGUACUUUAUUAAAAUGAUUCUAACUUCAAAUCCACCCUUUCAAAAGACAAAAAUUAUAUAUGGUCUCAAAAGACUGGGGUUGUUAUUAGAUAAUAAACUGAAUUUAAUAUUAUUCAUAAUUUACAGCUAUCAAAUUAAUUGAAUUAUGCCAUAUUUAAAUAUUUCAUGAUGUAUUUUAGAAUAUGUGACUCUACAUAUUGGUAGCCACUCUAUAAAUGUUGUAAACUGAUAUUCCCCUUGUUCUCCUUACUCGUAAAGGCUGCUCAUUUAUCUUGAUUUUUUUUAAUUUAAUUUUUUUUUUGCUAUUCACCAAGUAUGGAUCAGAAAUGUGUCUAGAGGGUAAACAAAGCAGAGAAAAUGUUUUGUUGGUUGGACCUUAUAUGCUGAUGAAACCACUAAGCACUUUGCAAUGUUCCCUUUUAUAUGUAUAUCAAAUUGUUUGAAAAUCUUUGGUGAAUAACAAUUGGCCAGGUCAGAUCAGAGAGAUUUUCUUUUUCUAUAUCCAUGCUUCAAAAAUUUGGAUGUGUAUUGGUACAGACUUCUUGCAAAGUCUGGCUUUUUCCUUGAAUUUGUAGGGAUGCUUGGUGCUAUCAAACAUUAUUCUUUGGUUCCCCAUAACUGAAUGUCUAUUCUCCUUAUUACACAGAAUUCAAAUAAAACAAGAAUAAUAAUAUUCAUUGUAUAUAGGUCAAAUUACAAUUAAGUCUCUUAUUGUGCAGAAUUAUGUGUAGCAAACUGACAGUGCCAUCAAGCUUUGGACCUUGUCUCACAAAACUUGUUAUCAAUUCCAUACGAUAAUGCUGUAAGCAACUGAAAUAGUGCUAUUUGAUUGGUCAAAGGCAAAGUUUGUCAUAAAUUUCUAACAUUUUAUUAGAUGAUUGAUAACAAGCUCUCUGAAACAGUCCAGGAUAUUGAAUUGACACCAAUGGAAAUAAUGCAUUACUUGAAUACAUGUAUUUGAAAUAUGUACAUACAUUACACAUUAUGGAAAUGUGAAAAGGUAUCAAACUCAAAGAUGUUUAUUUCUAACAUUUCAAAAUAAAUACUGGAACAAUUCCUUGAAAAAGAAAA